UGGUUACUUUUGUGGUUAUGUUUUGACAGCUUUAAAUGCGUUGUUUCCGCUUUAAUACAUAUAUAAUAAACUUCUACUUAGUUAUAUAUUUUAUUUAAUUUCAAUAUAAAAAUGUGUGGAAUUUUCUGCUGUAUACACAAUUCAAAAAACAAUGAUUUAGUUGAGUGGAACAUUUGUAAAGAAAGAAUAUUUUCUCGAGGUCCAGAUAAUGUAUGUGAAAAAUAUAUUAAAUUAACAGAUAAAUGUUGUGGUUAUUUUGGUGCAAGUAUUUUAUGGACUCAAGGAUCAAAAAUGACAAUUCAACCUUGUUUAGAUGAGAAUGAGAAUAUUCUUUUAUGGAAUGGAGAUAUUUUCUCUGGCAAUUCAAUAGAAUUAAACAAAAGUGAUACAUCAUUUAUUUUACGUUCUUUUCAAUCAUUAAAUGUUUUACCUACACUUGAAUUAAUAAAAGGACCCUAUAGUUUUUUGUAUUAUCAAAAAUCCACCAAUAUUUUAUAUUUUACACGAGAUUUAUUUGGAAGACAUAGUUUACUUGUGAAUUUUAAUUUAGUAAAUAAUUCAUUAACAUUUAUGUCGGUGACAAGUCGAAAAUUUCAAGAUACAUUUGAAAUACCAGCAAUUGGACUUUUUGCAUUAAAUUUAACAAAUUUAAAUUUUUCUAAUUUAAAUCUCACUUGUUUUCCAUGGCGUACAACAAAUAAUAUUUUUCACGAACAUAUUAAAAAAUUAGAAACCAUUUUUAAUACUAGUAUAAAAAUUGAAAAAAUUAUCUUUCCAUCACAAGAAGAAUCUCUAAAUCAAAUAAAUAUUGAUGAACAUUAUUUUCAUGUCAAUUUAGACAGUGAAAAUAAGGAAAAUAUAAUGGAUUUACUUUUAAAAAGAAGUAAUAUUUUCGAGAGAGUAGAGAAAAUAGAAAAUUUAUUAAAAACAUCAAUUGAAACAAGAAUUAAAAAACAACCAUCAUAUUGCAAGAAUUGUAUAAAAUUAAUUUUAAAUAAUGAAAAUGUCAAAUGUUGUCAUACAAAAAUAGGAAUUCUUUUUUCGGGUGGUUUAGAUUCUUCAAUUAUAUCGGUAAUUGCCGAUAAUUUUAUUCCUGAGAAUGAAAGUAUAGACCUCAUAAAUGUUGCUUUUGAAAAAGUAAAUAAAAAUCCAAAAAACCAAAAUAAUGAAGAAAUAUAUAAUGUUCCUGAUAGAAAAACUGGUAGACAAAGUUUAGCUGAUUUGAAAUUAAUAUGUCCAAAGAGAAAUUGGAAUUUUGUAGAGGUAAAUAUAUCGCAAGAAGAAUUAAAUAUCUACCGUUCAUCACGUAUUUCCGAUUUAAUUUAUCCAUUGGAGACAAUUCUUGAUGAAAGUUUGGGCUGUGCUCUUUGGUUUGCUAGUCGUGGAAUUGGAUUUUUAAAAGGAGAAUCAUAUGAGUCUCCUUGUCGAAUUUUAUUAUUGGGUAUGGGUGCUGAUGAAUUAUUCGGUGGUUAUAUGAGACACAGAACAAUUUUAAAACACAAAGGUUGGAAAGCUUUGAUCGAGGAAUUAAAAUUAGAAUUGAACAGAAUUUCUGAUAGAAAUUUAGGUCGAGAUGAUAGAGUGACUUCUGAUCAUGGAAAGCAAGCAAGAUAUCCUUAUUUAGAUGAAAAUCUCGUGGAAUUUGUCCAAAGUUUACCUCCUUGGGAAAGAUGCUGUCCAACUGAGGAAUUUCCUUGUGGAUUGGGAGAUAAAUUACUCUUAAGAUUAGUUGCUAAAAAAUUAAAUCUCAAAAAUGCUGCAAAUUUUCCUAAAAGAGCUUUUCAAUUUGGUUCAAGAAUUGCCAAUGGAAGAGAAAAUGCAAAAGACAUAUCAAAUCGAUUAUAAAUUUUAGGUAAAACAAGAUGUAUUCCUUUUUUAAAAUUAAUUAACAUUUUUUUCUCAGCGACAACACAAAAUUUUGAAAAAUAUUUUAUUGACGAUACCCAUGUUUUUCGAAAAUUUCACGCUCAUUUGUAAAAAGUAAAUUUUUUUGUAUAUAUAAUAAAUAUAUAUAUAAUAAAAAUGUAAAUAU